CAACAUUUCCCCUUACCUUCAAUGAAAGUCUUUGCAAAACUUAUUUUCUGCAGCAGGAGUGUAGGACCCUAUGGAUAGCAAAACCACCUACUUUUUCUACUGCACAACUUUGAAUAUUCAACUACUCCUACUAUAAAUAUGUGACUACUAACAAGUCAAGACCCAUGCACAUUAUUUUCUUGGUUAUCUCUUAUCCCUUCAACUAAAAAUCCUUAUUUUUUAUUAGAGAGCAAAAAAGAAAGGAAAGAAUUCAAGGGUCUGCUUUUUCUUUUUUCAAGGGUUUAUUUGCUCUAAUUGCUGCUUGUCCGGUGAAUGGGACUCUCUCUUUCAAUACUCUUAUCGGCAUGGAAUGAAAUUCUAAGGCAUAGUUAUCUUAUAUUUCCGGACACCAUGGGAAGAGCUAUUGUCAGAUCAGUUAGCAUUGAGAGGAAAAAUGGAGAAUUAUCUUUGAGGACACUCAGUUUCAAAGAAAAAGAUGCUAAGAAUGUUAAGAAGUCCGAUUACUCUGAAGAAAGUGUAAAACAUGAGAAACAAAAGCUUAAAAAUUUUGCUCCAAUAACUAGUCUGGUUGUUGACAAUGAAAAAAUGGAAUUACCUAGAAUCUCCAUACCGGAGCCUUUUGUGUUCUGUUCUCCUAGACCUGUUACCGAACUUGAUGCUGCUGCAACUAAGCUCCAGACAGUGUACAAGAGUUAUAGGACAAGAAGGAACCUUGCAGAUUGUGCUGUUGUUGUUGAAGAGCUCUGGUGGAAGGCCUUGGAUUCUGCAGCUUUAAAGCAGAGUUCUAUAUCAUUUUUUGAUGUCAAUAAACAUGAAGCCCCCGUGUCAAGGUGGUCACGUGCCAGAACAAGGGCUGCUAAGGUAGGCAAAGGUUUGUUGAAGGAUGAAAAGGCUCAAAAACUAGCUCUACAACAUUGGCUAGAAGCGAUUGACCCACGUCAUCGUUAUGGACACAACUUACACUUCUACUAUGAUGUAUGGUCCAACAGCAAAAGCAUCCAACCUUUCUUCUAUUGGUUGGAUGUGGGUGAUGGCAAAGAACUAAAUCUUGAGAGUUGCCAGAGAGCUGAUUUACAACGUCAAUGCAUCAAGUAUUUAGGACCCAAAGAAAGGGAAGCCUAUGAAGUAGUUGUGGAGGAUGGCAAUUUGGUAUAUAAGCAAAGCGGAAUGCUCCUGCAUACGACAGAAGGAUCGAAGUGGAUUUUCGUUCUUAGUACUUCAAGAGUUCUUUAUGUUGGAAUGAAAAAGAAGGGUGUUUUCCAACACUCUAGUUUUCUAUCUGGUGGUGCUACUACAGCAGCUGGUAGAUUGGUUGUUCAGGAUGGGAUUCUUGAGGCAAUUUGGCCAUACAGCGGUCACUAUCUUCCUACCGAAGAUAAUUUCAAGGAAUUCAUCAAUUUCCUUGAGGAACACCAUGUAGAUUUGGCUAACGUUAAGAAAUGUGCAAUAGAUGAUGAUAGACCUUCAUCUAAAGUUCUCCAUGAGGUGUCUAACAAAGAUAUGGAGGAAACUUUAUCUCAAAAUUGUGAUGCAGACAUAGCUAAGGACGAUGACCCGGUCAUUGAUGUAUCGAAAACAACUGCUCAUGAAAUAAAUUCUACGCCUACUAGCAAAGACCAGAGAGAAGAAACACCAGUUUUUGACUCGUCCAAACGUUUAUCUUGCAAGUGGACAAGUGGAGUUGGUGCCCGUAUUGGCUGUGUGAGAGACUAUCCAAUGGAUCUUCAAUCUCAGGCUCUUGAAACAGUAAAUCUAUCUCCAAGGGUUAACUUGUCUCAGCCCAAGAACUAUUAUCCAAUCCCUUCACCACGGCCGAGCCCAAAAAUGCGCGUAUCGCCUAGGCUUGCAUACAUGGGAAUUCCAAGUCCAAGAGUUUCUGUUAAUACUACAUUGUGAAUUCACAGGAAAAAGGUGAAUGAUUUAUUCACUGAUUCUAUUGACCCUGCAAAGUUCUUUUAGGUAGAUCUUAGUGUUAGUUAGGGUAGUUAAUGUGCAUUCUUUGGUUCCUUAAUUCCUUGUUGUACCUAAUAAUAUUAGGUUCUUUUUAGGGCUUUUACUGUUACUUAUGGGGUUGUAGCUGCAGUCUUUGAUUCCUUAAUUCUGUAAAAAUUUGGUGGGCUAGCCACUUUUUGUAUUCAAAGUUUAGCCGCCGUUUGUAAUGUAAUUGAGAAAUAAUCACCUUUCAGAGUGGAAAUAAAAUUUGGAUAAAAUA